CAAUUAAAAACGAAAGGGUUUUUGUGCAGACGAAGAAUACUGAAGAAAUAGUACUGACUCGUACUAAACCACAGGAAUCUCAUUUACAUCAGUAAUCUCAAAAUGACAGAUUCAGGUAAAUAAAAAGGGGGGGGAUGUAUUGAUAUUGAAUGCGAUAAAAUGUAGAAGUUUAAGUGAAAUCGCCAGUGUAUUAAAAGGAUUAUAUCAAGCAUGUCGUAACAGAAACGUGGCGUGGGAGUGUCCGACAGCUGCUGGGGGAAAUCUAGCUCGCGGACUUUUGAGUGACGUGAUGAGCCCGGAGCGCGCUCUGAGGCGCGUGACUCCUUUCUGCUCGCUUAUCGCUUCACCGGGAGACAAGAAACAAAGGACAGCAGCUCAAAACCAUCCACCUGCUCCGUUUUUAACGUGGUGAAUGUGAGUUAGCGCGGUAGAGACAGUGCUAGCUUGUAGCUGGGGGUUGAAAUAAGUGGAGGAACUGGUGAGGAGCGGACCGAGCACUCCGCCUCUACAAGUAUGGCCAGGAGGAAGCAGCGAGCACCCAAGCGCGCGCCAGCUUAUGAUUCAGAGGAUGUUGAAGAACUUGCCAGGCAAAAUGAGGACUUUGCAAAGGAAGACUCAACAACCAUAGAGACACCACUGGGUAACAGCGACUUCAGGAAGGACUAUGUCUUCCAAAAAUCAGAGGAUGAACACUGCUCCACUACUGCUGAGUUUUCUGAGACUGACAGUGAAUUACACAUUAAUGAGUCAAAUGAACCUAUGUCAGAUGUUGAAAGCAGCUCAAUUAAUAAUAAAGACAAACCACUGAAAGACUGUCUUAAUGAGGGAUCUGAAAAAUCAGUGUGUGGUUCAGAUAGCCUGGAACAGAUAAAAGCCAUUUAUAAUGGUUUUCUCUCUAACUCCUUUUGGUCUUCACCAAGUCUUAAUCCUUCUCAGUCAUGUACAGAGAAGAGAUGUGAGACUAGCAGCAGCAGCAGCAGCAGCAGCAGCCCCGGAGGUAAUUGCUUUGACUGGCACCAGUCUGCAGUUGCAAAGACCUUGCAGCAGGUUUCUGAAAAACAGCAUCAUCCACAAAGGGAACCUAAUCUUUUCAGCACUGUUCAGCUCUACCGCCAAAGUGCGAGGGUUUAUGGAUCCAUCUUUAGUGGUGCAAGCAAGUUCCAUUGCAAAAGCUGUAGUGCAUCUUAUGAUACACUGGUUGAUCUUACAGUUCACAUGAAUGAUACAGGCCACUACCGAGAUGACAACCAUGAGAAGGCUGAAAAAGGAGCCAAGAGCUGGUCCAAACCACGCAAACGAUCUUUAAUGGAAAUGGAGGGUAAGGAGGAUGCCCAGAAGGUACUGCGCUGUAUGUAUUGUGGUCACUCUUUCGAAUCCUUGCAAGACCUCAGUGUGCACAUGAUCAAGACCAAACACUAUCAAAAAGUGCCUCUGAAGGAACCUGGAACAUCGAUUGCUGCUGUUAAAGUUAUCUCAUCUUUCAGAAAGAGAGUACCAGUGGAAUUAGAUCUAACUAAACUGAAUGCCACUGAUCAGAAAGCAUCUUCUGGUGGGAGCACAGUAAAUGUUAGUCUUCCCAAAGUUUCUGAUGUUAAAAAGAAGGAGAGUGUCAUGGACCAUAAGGGUGUGAGCAGCACCGCACAGAUUAAGUCACAGAUUUUGAGUUGUAUGGAGUGUGGACAAUCAUUUGAGACUUUGCAGCAGUUAAGUGCUCACAUUAUGCAGACAGGUCACUUUGUUAAAGCCAGUCAGACUCUCCAAAAAAAGGACAAGUACAUUUCCGAACAAAUAUCCUUGCCUGGAAGAAUUAAAAUAAAAAAUGAGAAGACCUCAAUAGAGAAACAAGGUUCCCCUACAUCUACACCAAAUGGAACCACUGAAUCACUACGUACUACCUCUCCACUAAAAAAGUCAGAAAUUGAAAGAAACAUCUUCCUAAAAGAAAUGCACCAUAAAGAACCAGGAAAUGACAACAACAUAGAGGAUAGAUACAGUAUUCCUUUAACAUUUGAUUAUCUUACUGAGGAGGACCUGAAGGAGAGUCCAAAAGUGAACCUGGAUAUCCUCAAGUCCCUGGAGAACACUGUUACUUCUGCCAUUAACAAAGCACAGAAAGGAACUCCCAGCUGGGGAGGAUAUCAGAGCAUUCAUGCUGCUUAUCAGUUGCAGAAUAACAUGAAGCCUUCUCUUUACAACUCCUCCAUACAGCAAAUGGUGCACGGUGUGGACGUUCCAUGCUCUGACAAAGGUGAACUUUCUCCCAGCCCUCAACCCAGAGGUCCUUCUCCCAAAGUAAACCUGUAUGCGAUGGAAGAAUUGGUGAAGAAAGUAACACAGAACAUUGCUGAGGAAACAAGAAAGGACAAAGAUGAACAGGUUUUCUUAGCAAGACAUUUUAUAACCUCCUCCACUAUAAGCGCAGACAGGAAAUCAGCAUCCAAUUCUCCCACAGCAGAGCAACAUGAAACACUAAAGAACAAAGAUAACAAGAUUACUGACUCUAAGAAUAAUGCAAGCGAAUGGGAUUCAAAAAAAUGUAACGAAAGCUUCACAACCUCUUUAGCUUUCAGUGACGACAGUGCCGUAAUAACUGUUCACCCAGAGCCAAAACAACCAUUUGUUAGUCCUUUAAAUGCCCUUCAGUCAGUCAUGAAUCUUCAUUUAGGCAAAGCGGCCAAUCCUGUGAAGCCAGUUAAGGAUCCUAUGAAUAUGCUUCUAAAGAUGAGCAACAGCAUGGCAGAGAGGGCUGCGGUGGCUUCAGCACCAAUAUCAACCUCAAAACCAGAGCCUUUACAUCCAGAAGUCUACCAGAUUGACAAAGACCAACCAAUAGAUUUAUCCAAAGGCAAAAGGAACCAGUGUUUAGUUACUGCUUCUCUCCCAGGGAAAGUGUUAAACUCUCUUCCUGCUAUGACCAAGACUGAUUUAACUGAUACAAUAAAGUGCACUCCAGUCAGCCCAGUGCAUGAGAGUGCACUCUCAGACAUAUCAGACAUGUUACGCAAUUUGUCAGACACUCAUGCCUUAAAGUCGCCGACUUCCUCCCAUAAAACAGUGAGUUCAGGUAUUGAUGAUUCUAACACGCCAAACGCAGUAGAUGAUGUGUCUAUGCUGCACAAACGCAAGGGUAGGCAGUCGCAGUGGAAUCCUCAACACUUGUUAAUUCUACAAGCCCAGUUCUCAUCCUGCCUCAGAAAGACAGCUGAUGGGAAAUACAUUAUUUCAGAUUUGAGUCCUCAAGAAAGGAUGGUCAUCUCACAUGUCACAGGUCUUUCCAUGACAACGAUCAGCCACUGGUUAGCUAAUGUAAAAUACCAGCUGAGACGCACAGGCAGGACCAAGUUUCUGAAAAACGUUGACUCUGGACACCCUGUUUUCUUCUGCAGUGAAUGUGCGACACAAAUCCAAACACGUUCGACAUACAUCUCUCACCUUGAGUCACAUCUUGGCUUUAGAUUACAGGACUUGGCUAAGUUCUCUUGUAAAAAUCCCAACAAGACAAUUGCAAAGCAUUCAAAGAACAUAUUGGAUAAAACUGUCCUGUCAUUCCUCUGAUCUGCUACAGGGCCAGGGCAGCUGUCCCCAGUAUAAAUGCUGUGCUAUUGGUUUUAAUUAGUAGCUCAGAAAGCAUUUCACAUAAUAAAAGGAAUUUAUAAAAGCUGGAACAUGGAAUAUUAUCUGUGUAAUUGUUGUACAGGAUGUGUAUUGUAUGUUGAUAAAAAAAAAAAUACAAAAGAGUAUAUUAUCUUAUUAUGUAUAAUAACAUCAUAAAUAAAAUAAAUAUCUGGUAGGAAUUAGACCUCAAAGGAUUUGUUUAUGAAAAUUAUUACGCAGUUCCUAGUAGAUCAUGUAGAAAAUAGAUAUACUGUAUACAUGAUGCCUUUUUUUUUUCUUUUCUGAUGAGGUUAUACAAUUCAAGUAAAUGACAAUUUGUACAUUUGUACAGGACUAGUUUAGUCAUUUUCGUAAUUAUUCAUUAUUCAUAUUUAUUAUUUAUUUGCAAGUGUUUUCCCAUUGUGUAAAUCUAUUUGUGUUUGUUUCUACAUAAGAAUCUGUAUUAUUUUCAUAGGUUUGUAAGGCUGUUUACCAUUUUAUACGGCAAACAUGAUAAUAAGACUAAAAUAUUAAUGUAGUAUAAACAUUUUCCGCCCACUUUAAUAGGAACACCUGUGUAGCUGCUCAUUUAUGAGGUUAUCCAAUCAGCCAAUCAUGUGGCAUAAAUAGAACUGCAUAAAUAAGUAGGUGUACAGAUGUUCCAAUAAAAUGGGUGGUGGCUGUAUAUUAUAUGAUAUUGUUUAUAAUGUAUACAAUAUCAUAAAUUGCAAAAAUUACUGGUUAAGCUUACUAGUCUUAAAAAGUUUACUUUAUUGAUUGUGAUUUCAGUAAUAUCCAUAAAGCAAUCUAUUCACUCUAUUAUGUUUUUUUUCUAACAGUAUAUAUUUUUAUAAUGUAAAAUGUAAAAACUAUACAUUUUAGUAUAAUGUCUAAAUAUUUAUUUUGCUUUAUUUCUGGGGCCAUUUCUGAUAAAAAUGCAUUUCACAUAAUUACAAAAAAUCUUUUCACCUCAACAGGAUUAUCUAAUGUAAAGGUAUUUCCCUCUGGUGCAUUUUGCUGUAUAUACUCUCUCUUUGUCCACAUAAAAGCAUUCACUAUGCAACCAUUUCCCUAAUGUUAGUAUAAAAGGCAGAUUUGACCAUGGACUAAAUGGGGUCUUCAAGUGUGUAUAUAUCACAGCAGUAUUUAGAGCUAGACAUUGACAAAAAUAUCUGCGAUAUUGCAAUACAACACUGUAAUGAUACUGUACCUGCAGAUGUAUUAUCUUGUUGAAACAGUUAAUUACUCUUAUUAGGUUUUUUCCACAUUAUUUAUUUUACAUACUUUCAAAAGCAAAGUAAAAAGAGCUACAAAGUAUUGGCCAUACUGAAAAGAAUCUGAUACUGUACUUAAACGUCUAAAGCCUUUCUGGAUAAUUUGGCUUGUCACUUAAACUAUGUAUUCCUUACUGUUUUUAUUGCUUUGUUUUAAUCCCUGUGAUAAAAAAUAGAGAGAUAAAAAGAGAGAGAAUUGCCCUCUGUCUAUGUAUUUCUGUCACCACUUUGAUGAAUAUCAUCUAAAUUGCUUUGUAUAUUUGAGGGGUUUGGAUGUCAAUCUAAUUUGAGAGUGUAUGUUGAUGACAGCGGCUCCAGAUAAUGAGAAGAAAGCUGGCUUUGACAGCGUGAUGAGCUUCAAACCGAUCAGACAAGUUUGAACAUGAAUUCUUACAGAAAUGUCUAUCAAAUAGUUGGAGCUGAAAAACCGUUUAUUCAAAACCUAAUACAGAAAACAAUGUUAGGGAAACUGCAGAAUUUGUUAAUAAUUUCUGACGUUUUCCACCCACAAUACAGUGUGAUAUCACAGAUAAUAUGUGCUUCUUGCAUAUGCUGAUGUACACAGCUUUAAAUUUCUGUAAUAAUAAUGUAAUGUAAUGUAUGUUUCUGUUAAAUAUUUUUUAUGGACCAAAUCCAAUAAAUGAAUCAUUGGUAGACUUUCCAUUUCACUUCAGCUGCUCUGAGACCAUGCUCAGUCUCUCCUUAGAUGUCAGGUCUUAUUAUGGGUUGAGUUGACAUGACAUGACAGUGUGUGACAGCUCUGGACGAGUUGUGGGACAGAGAGGAGGUGGCUGUACUCACUGGCCACUGAGUCCACCCGGACUGAGUUACACACCAACUCGUCCU